UAAACAGCGUUGUGAGCGCGUUUCGUUCGAAAUUAAGUAAAUUACUCGUAGAGCGGUUGGCGUAACGUCGAAUUGUCACCGAUAUUCCCAAACUGUUAGAAGGUGCAUAAGCGAAUUCAAGUUGUGCAAUGUGUAUAGCCUAAGUAGUUCAGGCGAUCCACACGAACUACUGCAAGUGUUUAGUGCUCUAAAGUGCUGCAUAUAUGUAUAGUAGAUAUAUACAUACGUAUGUAAAUAAAUAAUACCAUAGUACCCAAAAAUGUGCCAAUUUAUGUGAAUCAUAAAUUCAAUCAAACACCAAUAAUCAAGUAACUGUGUUUAAAGUGAACCGUUAAGCAAUACCGAGGAGUUGUAGGCAUAAGUAUUUUUACACUUACAUAAUAAAAGCAACUGUUAGCUUCGAUUGGUCAGCUACAGGCGCGAACUACACCCACGUGUAACUUUCUCCUUCGAACUUCUGGUCUGGUCAAUAUGAUGGACGUUAGCAGCAUGUACGGCAAUCACCAUCCACACCACCAAAACAGUUAUCACUCCAAUAGCGCUGCCACUGCCGCCGACAUGGCUGCUGUUGUCUCUUCCACCGGAUAUCCGAACGCCUACUUCCCAGCGGCUGCUUCUGCAGCAUUACCCACGCAUCAUCAUCAGGUUCAUCAUCACCAACAUCAUUUGGGCUAUGCGGGCUAUGUGACGGAUGGUUCAUCACCCAACUACUAUCCCCAACAACAACAACUAACUCCACCCCCGUCGUCUUUGCAGCAAAUACCAGCGGGUGUAAGCCAAACAACUUCAACCGGUACGCCACUACAACAUCAACAGCAGCAGCCGCAGCCGCAAGCGCAGCAACAACAACCUAUGUACCCCCACGCUCAUCUUUUUAGUCCAAGUGCUGCUGAAUACGGCAUCACAACAUCUUCCAGCUCUGGUCCAGUGACCACCUCGGGCACACCACUGCACCCGUCAAGUCAUUCUCCAACAGACUCCUACUACGAAAGUGACUCAGUACAUUCCUACUAUGCAACGGCAGCGGUAGAUGCAAUACCACCUUCUACACACUCCCCAAUUUCCGCCUCCAAUGCAAUUCAAAACAAUCCAACACCGACCAAUGAUCCACCGAUCAUAAGCUCAGAAAAUGGCUUGAGCUACACCAAUCUGGAUUGUUUGUAUAAUCAAAAUGCUGUAACGCACCCACAACAGCAACAGAUUCAACAUGGUUAUGCCUCAUUGCCCCACAACAAUGGCAGUGGUGGUGGCAAUGUGGAGGAAAAGUACGCAGCCGUAUUGCAUUCUACAUACGGCACGGCAGGCUUAGCCUUCGACGAACCCCUUAUGCAAAUGUCAACGAGUCAACAACAAUCACCACCUCAGAUGUGGCAUCAUCAACAUAUUAGUGGUGGGUACAGCCUGGAUGCUGGAAUUCCCAUGGAGUCUUUGGGCAUACAUCCCUUGAAUAUGGCGCACAUGCAAACAGUGCCGCCACCCCAGCAUCCGAAUCAACAUCAUCAGCAACAACAACAGCAUCAUCUGCAACAACAUGGAUCACCAAAUGGGCCGCGAAGUCAACAAGUUGUCUCGCCCGACGGCACGGGAUUGCCCUCAUCGCCGGGAUCAGCAUCUAGCCAAGCAGGCUCACAAAAUAAAUCCCCUAAUCAGGCGAGCAAUUUACCAACAUACAAAUGGAUGCAGUUGAAACGAAAUGUACCCAAACCACAAGCACCAAAACUACCUGCCACAAUACACGAUUAUCAGCUGAAUGGACAUCAGCUAGACAUUUGCCGCAACAGCUUACCCGCCGGCCAACAGACUCAGACGAGCCUACUCUUAGCGGGUGGCAAUGGCAACGCGCCGGGACUGGUCAUUGGUGCGCCCAAUAUGAGUAGCUGCAGCCUGAGUGCGACUAAUAAUUCGGGACGUACCAAUUUUACCAACAAGCAGUUGACUGAACUAGAGAAGGAGUUCCAUUUCAACCGCUAUUUGACACGCGCACGUCGCAUUGAAAUCGCCAACACACUGCAGCUCAACGAGACCCAGGUGAAAAUUUGGUUCCAGAACCGCCGCAUGAAACAGAAGAAACGGGUCAAGGAGGGUCUAAUACCGGGGGACAUACUGGCGCAACAAACCGUGUCGACCACUUCGUCUACAACAUCAAGCAGCAUCGGUUCUGCAGCUGGUCCAACGAACGCUAAUUGCAACUUUAAUGUUGGCAACAAUUGCCAUAAUAGUGCCAACAACACUAAUGCGCAUGCCCAUGGUGGCCCUAGCGCCGGAAAUAAGCCCAGUGUACCUCGUAUGGGCUCAUCGACCGUCAACAGCAGUGAUGCUGGGGCUCACAAUAACGACUCCUGUCAUAAUGGCAACAAUACGCUCAGCAGCGGAGAUUGUAAUCUGACAGCGCAUAGCGAUAAUAGCCGUGAAUCAAAUUAAUACGAUCGCAUUUGCGCUGGCAUCACACCACUGACCAGCAUCACUUAUGCCAGGCGAUAGCUUCAUCCACUGGGCAGGUGGGAGCGCUCAUACGGUAUAUUGCACGUAUGUGUAUUAACUGUGUUAGUUGAAUUUGCCAAGUGUCGGACGCUUACACCCACAGCUAGGAACAAAAAGGGGGCUACAAAUGCGUACCGAUAUUGGCUGUGAUAACAGUUUAAAGUACAUAAUAAUAAUAAAUUAAUUCGCAAAUAUAUAAUACAUACUUACAUACAUACGCAGCCAUGACUGUGGUCUCUAUAUAGCAGUAUAUUCGUGAGUAUGUAUAGUAGUUUAUGAGUCCAAAUGUACAGUAAUCAAAAUUUUUGAAGGCUUUUGCAAAUGCUUUCCAUAUAUGUAUACACACAUAAGCACAAAUGAAUAGAAACACAUGAAAAUAAGUAAAACUGGUGGCAAAUUAAGGCACUCGAGAACUUACAAAAAUAGCAAUAUUCGAUUCACAAUUUGCGCUAAUUGAAAUUACGGAUUUACGCGUACGUAAGGUGCGAUCUUUUCCGACAGGCAGUGAAUAUUUCAAGACACUAAGAGACUGGAGUUAUUUUAGCUAGAAUGGUAGAAAAUAUACGCCAUGUACCUUUUUUACGGUUUGACGUCUUCUACUCGCAUUGUGACGAUUGUGUUCUCGAUCUUAUUGAAAAUAUCACGUUUCAUCGGCAGUUACAAUAUCGAGAAGGAAGACUUUGUCCUCUGCGAAUGAUGAAUUCUGAUUCUCAAUACGCCAUUAGCCCAAACACUUUAAUAUUUUAAUAUGCCUUAUUCCGAUUCCAUGAAUUUCAAUGAACUCUGCUAUGAGGCAAGUAUAAUUGAUAACAAGAUUUGGCCAACCGAAGCAAAAUUGUCAGAAUAACGUUGGCCGCUACGUCAUAAGCCCCUACGACAGCAAUAUUGUGCAAGCUCAUUUCAUAUGUAUACGCACACUCGUGCAAUCAGUCGUUGUUCAGACGGUAAGGAAGUUACUUGAGCAAUUACUACGUUGAUUUUUUUGUAUAUUACCAACACAAUCCCAGUUUUUCCUAAACAAACUGCUGUCACAUCCAGUGUUUCGUCAGCAAAUCAACUGAUUCCUUCACAGUCGCUGAGAGCCGGUUAACAGCCUGAUGUUGGCCACAUCUUCUGAAUUAUCUUCACCGUACAGACGGCAGCAAUGUACUUAACAUGAGCAGUAGCUGUGGUUAUUUUUCCAUAUACCAUAUCUCCAGCACAGUCUCAGUGUUUCCUGACCUCUGUUGUAAACAAAUCACUUUCAUAUAUAAUAGCUUAUGGCGUCAGCAAAUCAGCUGAUUAGCGGUUUGAUGUUGACCACACCUAUGCAUUCUGUACAUCGUGGCUAUAAUAUUAAUAUUAAAUUACAUACGUUGAAUUGAAACAUUUUGGCAAAAGUUAUACUAAGUUUCUUUGUAUACCUGAUGAGUAUAGGUUACACUAUCAACUUAGAUACAAUAACGUCGGUUCCAGUCUAACAAAAGUCAUACAACUUUUAAUGCAGGUCGGAAAAUAAUAGGCAUUCUGAACGUACAAUGAAACCUAUACAUAUAAGGUGCCACCGAAAAUUGCUCUAUUCCAAAAGUUCUGUUUAUUUGAAAAGCACCUUGUGAAUUAUGAGUGCAGUAAUGCGCACUCUCUAUUGGAUGGUGACGUGAAAAUGUGCCAUAUUUCAUAACUUUAAGAUUUACACAUAGAACAAAAAGAUUAGCGCGUCAAAAAUCUGUAUUGUAUGGGCAUAAGUCUUGAUAUUAUAUGAGCUAUUAAAAAAAAUUUACUAGAUAUUCCAUCUAAACUAUAAACGAACACUUUAACCUUUUGUUUACCGGACGAGAAUAUAUUGUGCUCCCGAUUCAACAUUUGAUACCUUUGAACUCUGUAACACUUGCUUUUUGAUUAUUACUAUGUUUCCUAAUAGUUGGUGUUGCUAAUAAAAUUUUCCAGUAGGAACUGCAUAGCUUUUUUUCGGUAGACAAAGAGUUAAAAAUUAAUAUCAGAAUGUAAAGCAAGAAAAUGCAGAAUGCUGUGAUGAGUAAAUCAAUUUGAUAAUAAUUUCAAAAAUGUUUCUUUGCAAACCUUUCGCACUGUUUUUUAGUUGUAGUCAAAUUUCAGAGUAAAAACAGUGCAAAAGUAAAAUGUAGAUAAUUUCCAGAGAAUUGUUUAAACGCCACCAUGAUCAAAAAAACUCCGGGAAUAUGUUCAGAAGACUGAAAAAAAACAAGUUUAUUUCUCAAAAGCGAUAUUAUCACCUUCAAAGUACUUCCUGCACUUAUGCCAGUGUUUGAUCCAGCUCUCAAAACAUUUCUGGAACUAUAUUUUCGAUAUAGCCAGCAGAGCCGUCUUCGAUUUUUCCAUUUCUUCCUUUCGGCUGUUCGGCUACAUCUGCUAUUCUGGCUCGCUCAAACAGGAAAAAUCGCAGGGAGCCAUAUCAGGGGAAUUCGAUAGCUGUUGGAUGGUUCUCGUUUUGUUCUUGGUCGAAAAUUCACGGAUAAUGAUGGCACUAUGCGAUGGUGCGCUAUUAUGGUGCAAAAUCCACAAGUUGUUUUUCCAUAAAUCCUUUCUUUUUUGACUGUCCGAUCUUCUGGCAAAACUUCGUGGUGUAGAAUACCGUUGUAAUCCAUAAAAACUGUGAGCAUCGCUUUUUUUUUUUGAAAACGACGUGGUUUUUUCGUCUUUGUUCAAUCGAGCUCCCCGCUCCCUAGCCUGAUUUCUGGAUUGCGUGUGGAUAAACCCACGUCUCAUCUCCAGUAAAUAUUCGUUUGAUGAAUGUUGGGUCGGAUUAAGCAUUGGAAAUCAAGUCUUCAGAUACUUUGGGAUCAACUUUACAGCAACACGGCGCAAACUCACUGUUCAAAUUCUCUGCGAACCCUCUGAUGGGUAAUUUGCGAUUGACUGUUCUUCCAUAAGCACUGUUCAAAUCCUCUGCGAUGAUGGGUAAUUUGCGAUUGAAUUUUCUUCCACUUUACUGAUGAGAUCAGUUUUCGAUAUCGACGGCCUGCUAUUACGUUCGAUGGGCUCACGAUCUCUUCUGAAACGUGCGUGCCACUAGUAAACGGCUGUUUUCUGUUUUCUUUAAAUUAUCAUUACCAAAACAAUUUGCCAAAAUUUCUAAGGUUUUCGCCCACUGAAUCCAUUUUCAACGCAAAAUUCAAUACAAAGUCCUUGUUGUAAAUUCAAAUGCAUUUUUAAAACUGUAAGAAGUCGAAAACACGUGCAGAGGUAGAUUUACUCAAGACGGCGUAGCUUUUACAAAUAUCACGCAAUGGUGAUAAAAUUUUGGUUGGAAUGUUAAUCACAGAUGUGUUAACCUAAAAAAACAAAGCACAAAUCGGUUGGCUUAGAGCAUCACCUGCGGCUGCUCCGCGAAUUUUUGAUCAAGGUGUCAUGUAAUCAUAAUUUAGUGUGAUGAGUCAUGACAUACUUUACAGAAACAUCCUCAAUCAUUUAAAAAAUAAUUGUUCCAAACCCUCGUUAAAAGGACAAUAUUUCCACAACACAUGGAAGCAAAAAGAUCUAUACCAUCUCAAAGCGAAAUAAUUCAGACUUAUGCAUAUUGGGCAGUCCCCAUACAAAAUUGUAUAUAAUCAAAAUGAAUGUUAUUAAAUAAGCGGCUGGUAAAUUAUUUAUAUACACACAUACAUUGGUAUAUGUGCACAAGUAGCUAAUUAUGGUAAAAUAAAAAUAAUUAACACUAACAUAAAUUUGCAAAUUUAAGAUUAAAAAUACGAAAUACAAACUCAGGGUUUUGCAGAAAUGUCGCAUUAUCUGCAAAAGUUAGUGAAUACAAUUAGCGAUCCAUUGAACCAAUCAAAAUGUAUAUAUAUAAACUCAUACCUACUUAGUAUAAAGAACAAUAAAGUUAUUCUUAAUUCAACUAAAUAGGAAAGUAUUGGCAAUUUUAUUUGUAAAUAUAAAUACUUAGUAUAUCGUAAAAACAUGAAUAAAUACAUUUAAAUUUUUUUUUUUUCAUUUGAUUGAAGUGAUUGUACAA